AUGGCGUCGCUUCCUGCAGACACAGACAGCGACUGCGGCGACGUCGUGGAGGUCGGCUACGAACCACUGGACAGUCAGCGGAUUGUAGACCUUGUCACCGAUGCCCGUGCUGGCGCUAUUUCGACGUUCGUCGGUACGACGCGGGACAACUUUCAAGGCAAAAAUGUGGUACGACUCGAGUACGAGGGGUACGCGCCCAUGGCCGUAUCAGAGUUACGCAAGAUUUGUCGCGCCAUCCGCGACCAGUGGCCAGACGUUGUGCGUGUAGCGCUGUGCCAUCGACUGGGGGUCGUCAACGUGACCGAGGCUAGUGUCGUGGUAGCAGUGAGCUCGCCACAUCGACGAGAGGCGCUGGAAGCUUGUGCGUUUGCCAUUGAUCGACUCAAAGCCACGGUGCCUAUUUGGAAGAGUGAGCAGUAUGAAGGCGAUGACCGCAUCUGGAAGGAGAAUGUCGAGUGGAAGGACGGGGCGGCUGUGCGCGCGUCGUGUUGUAGCAGGAAACGAGUCAUGGAGCCGGUGGAAAAGACAUGA